CCCGGGGCGAAUAAACGGAUCCGGUGUGUCUGUAGGUGUGUUUAUGUUGUUCACGCUCUCAGAGAGAGGAGUGUUCUCUGCUUCACGGGCUGAAAGACUUCUGCGCUGUGUACUGUCAUUAUCAGAACAUGUAGAAUAACAUGAAUCCCUGUUAAACAGGUUUUUUUCUUUUCGCUGCCAUAUGCUGGCAGAGCUGCUGAUGUGUCCUCGCUGUGCCGCCUCUUUAAUUGGAAGCGCCGCACUCGGCAUUAGGUCAGCUGCGGUGUUUGAGAGUGUGGAGAGACGAUGUUGAAGGUUGUGAGUGAAUUCAAACCAACAUUAAACAAACGGCCGAAUAAUGGACUAUCGACGGAAAAAGAGGCUGACUUACGCCACCAUUGGGCUCAUGUUUCUUCUUAGUGGCGUGGAAUAUGCUGUAAUAUUGCCCACAAUAUGGAAGUACCUGCAAACUUUAGAUGCUGCGCCUUACUUCCUGGGAUUGGCGCUGUCAGCGUUCAGCUUGAGUGGCCUCCUGUCUGGGCCUCUGUUUGGCCACUGGUCUGACAGGACACAAACUACAAAGAAGAUCAUCUUGUUUUCCAACAUUUUUGAGAUAGUCGGUAAUUUCAUGUACUUCAUGGGCUACUCCAAGUGGCUCUUACUGUCAAGCAGAUUAGUAGCAGGCAUUGGCACAGGUGCUGGCUCAUCUAUCUUUGGCUUCCUGACUAGAAGUACUGCUCCACAAGACCGUGCUACAGUAUUUGCAGCUGUUAUGGCGUGUCGACAAGCUGGCCUUCUGAUUGGUCCAGCAUUUAACAUCUUCUUGAGGUUGUGUGAUUUCAAUCUGGGUCCAUUUGUUGUCAAUAAAUUUACUGCGCCUGGUUUGUUCAUGUGCCUGCUGUGGACUCUCCUUCAGCUGGUGGUGGUCUUCAUGUACUGGGACCUACCACCUCUGGAGAGAGGGAUGGGGCAGGCAAGUCCAGCAAGGACGUGUGAGGUAGAAGAGAAAGAGCAUGGGCCUUUGCAAGAUGAGGAAGAUGAGAACGAUGAGGACGAGCCGUUAAUGAGGUCCCAGGAGCUGGGUGGGUCCUACGGCUCAGUGGGGACUUCCAAACACCAGACAAACUGCAUCGCUACGGCGUCCAAUUCCACACUGGAUCACAUCUCCCCACCUCUCUCUCCAGUGUUGUCAGGGACCCAGGAGUCCUCCAACCCCACAGAGAGUUGCAGUCUAUCCCGAGAAUUCCUAAAAGAAGAGGUGGUUGUGCUGCUGGCCGCUCAGUUCAUCACCCUCUUCAAUCAGACAGCACUGGAGACCAUGGUGACUCCAUUAACCCAGAAGUACUUUGGCUAUGGCGAGCUGGAGAACAGUGUCAUGUACUGUCUCUGUGGCGUCGAGGUGAUUGCUGGCUUUUUCUUUGUCCGUUGGCUGAGUCGACGUGUCCCAGAACGGGUAGUCCUGGUCAUUGGUUGGACCAUCUGCAACAUCUCUGGUGUCUGGUGCCUCAUCUUCCUGGCGAAGCCUCUAGGUGAUUUUCCAUGGCAGCUGACUGAGUUCAUCAUCGGAGUGUUUCUUCAGGUUUUGGGAUUGCCAUUUGUAGCUGUGGCUCAGGUUUCUCUUUUCUCCAAAGUCACCUCUGAGAAAACACAAGGUUUCAGUCAAGGAGUGCGUCGCUCAGUGGGAGGUCUCGCUACCAUCCUGGGCCCACUGUGGGCUGGUGGCCUCACCGAGCACAUGUACAUCAUGUUGGGGGUGAUGAUGGCACUGCUGGCACUGAUAACAGUAAUGCUGGUAAUCUCGUACGAGCGUCUGGUUGAACCCGCUGCUAAGGAGCAAGCCGACAGCCGUCACAGCUCUGCUUAAUCUCGUCGGAAAAGCUGAUACGAAAGCAUUUUCUUCUUUCUCUGCACACACACCCGUCAGCACAUCUCACCACCUUUGGAUUUCUACUGUAAAUCAUGGACGUGUCGAACCUUUGGGUGCAGAGGCAGAUAGAUGAAAGUACUGUUGAUGGUGUGUGUGUGUAUAUAUAUAUAUACAUAUAUGUGUAUAUAUUUAUAUUUAUAUAUUUCCCAUGGAAAUAUAGAAUGACAAUGGCACCACAUGUGCACGUUCCAGCAGAGAGUUCUUUCCUUUAAUUAAUGUUGUGCUGAACAAGCCAGCUGCUAGGUUAAAUUCAUUCAAAUGCCCCUAAAUGGUUGAUGUCGCUGACCUUGUGGUCCGGGUGACUUGAUUACUAAAUCGUGACUUGAUAAUUAUCACCUCAUCUUAUGCAAUAAUGUCAUUUCUUCGAAGUAACGCAGUAAUUCAACAUUAAACUUUGACGAAAUGUCAUUUCAAUCCA